AUGCCACGUAGAGCUCUUCCGUUACGCCAUGUCAUCCACUCACCAAGGCUAUGUGAUGUUAUUGAAAACCAAAAAUCAAUGCAACAAGGUUUGUACACAAGAGACUUCAGAUCUUGUGAGCUGUCACAGAAGAUAUGGAGGAGCAGCCCUCUUGGCAUCGUCUCCAAUAGUACGGGUAACGUUAACAUUGAGCAUUGGGUCAUAAAUUUUAUGAGUUUGUUUUUUCAGCAGGAUGAUGGAGAUGCAGGAAGAUUAGUUACGUUUUGUUCAAUUUUGUGGUCGUUAUGGCUGCAUAGAAACGAAAUCUUGUUCAGGGGCAUGAGUGUUAAUAUGGAGGGGAUUCUCCAUGGAGCACAGUCACCUGUCCAGCGAUGGGAAAAGGCGCAGGAGCUGCAAGCUUCAAGGAGACUUCUCCAAGGUGCCUUAUUACCCAAGAAAACCAACACCAAGAUUACAGUGUUCACACACGGGCAUUGUAGAGGAGGAGGGUUCAUAUCCGUUGUCGUGGAUGCCUCUUGGAAAGCAAAGAAAAAGGUCAAGCAGAAACACUGGACUGCAGCAAUUGGUUGGGAAGAAGAAACGAACCACACGCCUAGGGUCAAGGGAGCAUAA